AAGGUCAUUUGAAUUACGCCUGCUAGUGAGCUUAUCGGCUACAAUGAAGCGAGUGAUAAUAUAGAUGAUUAUGACAAUGAACGGAUGAUGGUCGCGGGAUCAAAGUCGACGGAGACUGCCAGGCGAUUUCGAAGAAGGAGCAGCGGGUCGUUGUGAUAUUAACAAAAGGGGGGGAUCCCAGUGCGUGUGUCAGCCCGUGUGCGUUUCUCUGUCAAGCCGACCGAGCGGCGGUGAAGAGCGGAGGGAGGGAGAGAGUGGGGGGGCGACCAGGCUAGCCUGUAAGCCGAUCAAGGUGGAAUUGCACACAACGACUUUCACGUUUGGGAUUUCUGCGCACCUGCAUGCUGUGAAGGAGGUCCAAGGAUGAUGCGUCUAGCAUGCUGCACUGCCCUGCUUUUUGUGUUGAGGCUGCUGGUGGGCUUGCCCUGGUACCAGGUUCUUCCGGCCAUCCUGAUCUUCUAUCUGGGAAGUGGAGGAUGGAACUUCCUGGAUAUCUUUGCCAAAACAGUUGGCAGAGACUUACAUGCAGCCAGUGUUUUACUGCGGGUGAAACUGAACGUCAGGCGCCACCUCAGAGAGAAGAACACUAUUCCCAAGAUCUUUGCUGAAACGGUGCACCGUCAUGGGGACAAAACAGCGCUCAUCUUCGAGGGCACUGGGGAGAGAUGGACUUUCCGACAGUUGGAUGAAUACUCCAACAGAGUGGCUAACCUGCUACUGGAAAGAGGCUUUAAGGAAGGUGAUGUAGUGGCCCUUUUCAUGGAGAACAGAUCGCAGUACGUGGGCAUAUGGUUGGGCAUGGCUAAAAUUGGAGUAGAAGCGGCUCUCAUCAACUUCAAUUUAAGACUAGAUGCUUUGGUCCACUGUGUCACCAUCUCCAAUGCCAAGGCUGUGAUCUUUGGUUCAGAGCUAAUUGAUGCUGUGUCUGAGGUCCAUAGUUCGAUGGGGAAGGCAGUGCAGAUGUUUUGCUCUGGAGACUGGGAUCCCAAACGAGUCCCACAGGGAACAGAGUGCCUCGAGCCCCUGGUGGCUGGUGCCCCUUCUCAUCUACCCCCUCGGCCAGAUCGCAGCUUCGUAGAUCGCCUGUUCUACAUCUACACAUCAGGAACCACUGGGAUGCCUAAAGCAGCUAUUGUUGUGCACAGCAGGUACUAUCGCAUGGCAGCUUUGGUGUAUUAUGGCUUUAGGAUGACAUCAGACGAUGUAUUGUAUGAUUGCCUUCCACUUUACCACUCUGCAGGAAACAUUGUGGGAGUUGGCCAGUGCCUAAUACACGGCAUGACUGUAGUCAUCAGAAAGAAGUUCUCUGCCUCACGGUUCUGGGAUGACUGUGUCAAAUAUAACUGCACGAUUGUGCAGUACAUUGGAGAAAUCUGCCGGUAUCUACUGAACCAGCCAGUUCGUGACACAGAGCGACAGCACCGUGUGCGCAUGGCACUGGGCAACGGCCUGCGUCAGUCCAUAUGGGAGGAAUUCAUGAACCGCUUCAACAUUCCACAGAUUGCAGAGUUUUAUGGAGCCACAGAGUGCAAUUGCAGUCUGGGCAACUUUGAUAACAAGAUGGGAGCGUGCGGCUUCAACAGUCAGAUUCUACCCUUCAUCUACCCCAUCAGACUGGUGAGGGUUGAUGAAGAGACCAUGGAGCUAAUUAGGGGACCUGAUGGUGUCUGUAUUCCUUGUAAACCUGGUGAGCCUGGACAGCUUGUUGGCAGAAUCAUUCAGAAUGACCCUCUACGUAGGUUUGACGGCUACGUCAGCCAAACAGCAACCGACAAGAAGAUUGCUCAUAGUGUGUUUAAGAAGGGAGAUAGUGCCUAUCUGUCAGGUGAUGUGCUGAUCAUGGAUAAGUAUGGCCACAUGUACUUCAAAGACCGAACAGGAGACACUUUCCGCUGGAAAGGAGAGAAUGUCUCAACAACCGAGGUGGAAGGAACUCUAAGCAGACUCCUAGAUAUGAAGGAUGUCGUUGUGUAUGGAGUGGAAGUACCAGGAGCGGAGGGAAAGGCUGGAAUGGCAGCCAUUGCCGAUCCAUCUCACUCCACUAACCUGGAGAAGUUUGUGAAAGACAUGGAGAAGGCUCUCCCUCCAUAUGCCAGACCUGUCUUCCUCCGCUUCCUCCCAGAGGUCAACAAGACAGGUACUUUUAAGUUUCAGAAGACGGAGUUGCGUCGGGACAGCUUUGAUCCCAGCGCAGUGUCAGACAGACUGUACUUCCUGGAUUCCAGCAAAGGGCGCUACGUGCAGCUGGACGAGGAGCUGUACCGCUCCAUUCUGUCAGGGAAAUGCAAAUUGUGAUGACCAGGCUGACCACUACAUCAACACACACACACACAUAUUUGCGCGCACACACACUUUCACACACAAAUACAGAAGACAAUAUGUGUGACCAGAUUAGAAGAUUUUGUCCCCUUAGUCACAAAAAUAAUACAUUACAAUAAAGAAGAGAAUAGCCAUAUACAGGCCAACACACACACACGUAUUCCCAAAACCACUUUGCUCUUUAACUUCCUUAAUAACAGACUGAUGCACGUCACGCUCAAAAACACACACUCCACUCUGCCCGUCGCUCCUGAAUACUCCUCAACAACUUCUCUCGCUACCUCAGCAAACAAAGAGAGAGGCACAAACCUAGAAAGCAGGUCUGCUUGGUGACUUGAAGCCACCCUUCAUAACCACGCACUCCCUCGCCCACCAACAGAUCUCAUACACUCCCACCUGUAAACGCUGGUCCAUUAAACCACAGGUUAUUGCUGGCAUGAAGGAGGAACAAGAGGAGAGGAAUAGGCUGCCUAGCAUCCAGGAUGCAAAAACUUGACACUCCAGAUAAACACAGACUUAAAGGAUGCUGAUGAAGAACAUGGAUUAAGUACAUUAAAUAUGUGAGAUAACAGAGGGACCUACUUGGACCUAAACUAUCUCUCUGUUCAUUGUUCUGUUAGUGAGAUUGUUUUGUGACAGACUGAAGCUACUGCUGUCGACUUAACCUGCACAAUUAGCCAGUAGUGACAAACAUGUGGAAUAGCUACAUACGUCCUGUUUUAGGUCAAAUGUAUCAAAGUAUUUCCUUUAACUCUCAGCUCUUUGUCUUUUCUUUUCCAUUCCUGUUGUAUUACAGCAAAUCCAAAGGCUUGCUUUCUUUCUUUGCUUUUUAAAGACCAACAUAUUUGACCUGUAACAGAAGUAAAAACAAAGUCCAGUGGUUGAAGGUGUAAAUAGGGCUCUAGCAAUUGCAGUGCAAUAAUUAUCCACAUCGGAAAUGAAGAAAAACAAAGCUUUGUAUUUAAAUGUCUGAGAUACACCAAAUAUAUUUAAGUUGUAGUUUCUACAUAUUUAAGAAAAUACAGACAUUAAUUUAUUUUGUUAAAGUCUUUCUGUUGUCUUUUUUCUGCUUUGUGUGUAUCCAAAUCUGUGCUUCAAUGGCUUAGGGAGUCCUCCUUAUAUCAGCUGUUAAAACACAAAGUCAUGUGAUCAGACUGAUUCAACCCUGGACUAAAUACAUGGAGCUAUUUCCAUAAACAGGACUUGUUCACAUACUGAGCAUGAGUCCAGUAUUGCUGUGUGGCUGUUUUGUGCAGGUUUUGUCCUGAAAGGUAGACUUUGCCUAUAUUAGGGUGUGUAUAUUCUUUUAAAUUAUAUAAAUUUGAGUGAAGUGGCAAAAGCACCUGAUCAGCGAGGAGAUCAUCUGGUGCUAAAAGGGAUGUUCUACCAGUUGAGGGAAUGCUGAAUGAUCCAAAGAUUCAAAGGCGGGAGCAGGAACAUUUGAACUGGAAGGAGUGCAUCAACAUGGAGCAGUAGAAGAAGAGAAGACAACAUGCUUUGUCAUCAAUGUUAUUGUCUGUUGUUUGCAGUAGAUGUUCUCAGAGGUUGUAGCAGCAUGAAUGAGCAUCAUCAACCACAAGCAGAGCACUGUGCCUUACUGUGAGUUCACCUCCCAGGUUCACAGGCCCUGGCCCACACGCUUCCUUUUGUUGGACUUCAUCUUUCACUCUCUGUUGGUGUCC